UGUUCCUCGUAUCGACGCCAGCGUCGCGACGACUGAUCUCGUUUCCAUCGCGAUGUUUAUUCAUGCUUUGUCGUUCAUCUCGCAAUCAAUCUCUCAUGGAAGUUUCUACCUCUGAACUGUGUACGAUGUGAACCUAACCAACGCCUAUUCGACCGUCGUUCAUAAUUUCCUACUCCCGUUUCGAAGGGAGAGGUUCAUUGAGGUUCAGAUCGCGUGACGUCUAGACAUUCUGGAUACUCUAUUUUGAAGACUUAAUCUUGAAGACAAGGGAGGACCACCCCCUGCUCCUACUUUCAUUUAUACUACAUUCUUGUAACAUUAAUCUCUGGAUAUGUCACGUUACGUGUUACAUCACAUUAAGUGGAUACAUUAAGUGUUACAUUAAGUGGCUACGUAAAGACGUAAAAUCUUGAAGGGGUAAGGAGUUAGAGUACCAUCAUAAUCUUGAAGUCAUUCUUAUAUUUGUACUCAAAGUAAAAAUUCGACAAUAUUCAGAAAGAUUCUGAAAAUUGAAGAGGAAGUUUAUUUUUAAAUCAUAUCUGCAGACUGUCGAUUUUAAUUGUUGAGACAUCGAGGUUGUCAACAAGAUCGUGGCAUUGGUGAAGCAUGACCGCCAAGCUGAAGUGCAUCGCCGCGUGAGAAGUUACCGGGACAUGUGCCUUUUGCUCUUCUAUUGAUCGCCGCGUCCCGACGCGACCACCGGAUCCUGACGUCUCGGGAUCGCGACCUACGAGAGACGAGGAUUCCGAGCUGUCCCGUGAAGAGUCCGCAGCCUUUGAAGGAGUUCGUGGGUCGCUGCCAGACGAUGCCAUCGCGAGUGAAAAAGUCCUUCUGCGGUUGCCUCCAGGAUGACGAGCCCCCGGAAAUCACGUAUUGCGUGGUGGAGCACACGGGUACGCUCACGCUUCAAGCGAUGACACCCACCCUGCCGAUGCCCUCCGAGGAGGAGUUGAACAAGAUGUUCCUCGAAUUGGUGGACGAGCUGGACCUGACCCAGGCUAACCGGCAGGCGGUCUUGGCACUUCCGGCGAACAAAAAGUGGCAGAUUUACUGCUCCAGGAAAGGCAACGGCACGUUGGAGAACGGGAGUCUGAGGACCACCGACCUUAGCGGCGAUCCUGAGGACUACAUCAACAGACUGAGGACCAUAGCUAGCAGUCCAUUCUCUGAAGAAGGCGAGGAGCUCACGAACCAGAUGCGACAGGUAGAGGCCCUGAAGACCGCCCUAAGGACGCAGCCGCACAGUUUCGUUCUCAGAUUCAUAGAGCUUGAUGGUCUAAACGCUUUGUUGCAAGUACUAGGCACCAUGGAGCCCGAAGCAGCCAACAGUAACCUGCACACGAGCGUCAUAGGGUGCUUAAAGGCGUUGAUGAACAAUUCCAACGGGAGGGCACACGUACUGGCGCACCCGACAGCCAUCAACACGAUCUCACAGUCGCUGGCGACCGAGAAUAUCAAAACGAAAAUCUCCGUGCUGGAAAUUCUGGGCGCCGUAUGCCUGGUUCCUGGCGGACACCGAAAAGUGCUGGAGGCGAUGCUGCACUUCCAGCAGUUCCAUUCCGAACGAACGCGAUUCCAAAGCAUCAUCAACGACCUGGACAAGAAUUUCGGGAUCUACAAGGAUAAUUUGUCGCUGAAGACAGCAAUCAUGUCGUUCAUCAACGCGGUGCUGAACUACGGACCCGGUCAAGUGACCCUAGAGUUUAGGCUGCACUUGAGAUACGAGUUGCUGAUGCUUGGGAUACAACCGAUUAUCGAGAAGCUGAGGAAGUACGAGAACGAGACGUUGGACAGACAUUUGGACUUCUUCGAGAUGGUCAGGAACGAGGAUGAGAAGGAGCUGGCAAGGAAAUUCGAGAAGGAACAUGUGGACACGAAGAGCGCCACCGCCAUGUUUGAUCUGUUGAGGAGGAAGCUCAGCCACACUGCUGCCUAUCCUCAUCUGUUGAGUCUGUUAGAACACUGUCUGUUGCUGCCUCUCGACUAUGGUUCCUACCCGCAGCACUGGUUGCUGUUCGACCGCAUCGUGCAGCAGAUCGUCCUUCAAUCAGAAGGAACCGACACGUGCGUCACUAGAAACCCUGACGUAGCUCCGAUCGACAUCAACGUGAAGGAAAUCGUUCACCUGCUCGCUAAGGAAGAGGAACUCGUCGCGGCCAGGAAGAAGGCCGAGGAGUUGGAGCGAGAAAACUCCGAUAUGUCGACCAGAUUGGCCAAGAAGGAACAAGAGUUGGAUCUGAGGACGCAGGAGAAAGAAGAUAUGGAGGCCAGUCUGGCGAGAGUCAAGGAACGUCUCGAAAAGGAGACGUCGAUGCAUAUAGAGACGAAGCAGAGGAUCUCGGAGCUGCAGGACAACUUGGAGACGUUAUCUCGACAGAUAAAUAAUGAAAAAUCUGAGAGAAAGCGGCUGGAGCAAUUGGUGGCUUCGGGGAGCCUGCCGGAUGAUGCGAAAGCGACGAUCAAAAUUGUGGAGGAUGAGGUGCUGGAGAAGGUUGAGUCGAAACCGAUGCCGCCGCCUCCUCCGCCUCCACCUUUGGCGCCGCCGCCACCGCCUUGUUUGAUGCCGGCUGCACCUCCUCCUAUGAAGGUGGAGAUAAUAAAGAACGUUCCUCAGCCCAGCAACCCCCUAAAAUCCUUCAACUGGUCCAAAAUACCGGAGCAGAAGCUCCAGGGAACAAUAUGGUCCGAAUUAGACGACACGAAACUGUACAACGUCAUGGACCUAGAGUCCAUCGACAAGAUCUUCUGCGCCUACCAGAAGAACGGAGUAUCAGCAGAAGGUUCGAUCGAGGACCUCCGAACUUUGGGGAAGAAUAAGAAGACCAUGUCAGUGAUCGAUUCUAGGAGAGCUCAAAACUGCACCAUACUGUUAUCAAAAUUAAAAAUGUCCGACAACGAGAUCACAAGAACAAUAUUAUCUAUGGAUCAGCAAAAUAUUCUGCACAUAGACAUGGUCGAACAGCUGCUGAAAUAUAUUCCGUCGUCCGAGGAAGCAGCUCUGUUGGACAUGCAUCAGAAGGAGCUGCAGAGCAGGGCCGACUGUUUCUUAUACCAAAUAUCCAAAGUGCCCCACUACGAGCAAAGACUGCGAUCCCUUCACUACAAAAAGAAAUUCGCUGCCAGCAUCGCGGAAUUGACGCCGAGAAUGCGCGCGGUUCUCGAAGCCAGUCGGCAGGUGGCCAGAUCAAGGCGGCUCAGAAAGUUGCUGGAACUGGUGCUGGCUCUAGGGAAUUACGUAAAUCGCGGCAACGCUCGAGGGAACGCUUGCGGUUUCCGUCUGGCCUCCUUGAACCGUCUGGUCGACACGAAGUCCUCUUGCUCCAAAGGCACCACGCUGUUGCACUAUUUGGUUCAGAUUCUGGAGUCCAGGUUCAGGGAGGUGCUGGACAUCGAGGAGGACAUGCCGCACGUUCGAACCGCCGCCAGGGUUAGCAUGGCCGACCUGCAGAAGGAGGUGGCUAAUCUCAAGAACGGUCUUCAAGACGUUCAGAGAGAAAUUGAAUUCCAUCGGGGACAGUCGCAGGUACUGCAGGGAGACAUGUUCUUGCCGGCGAUGAGGGACUUCCAGGCGCAGGCCACGUGUAGGCUGGCGGAGGCGGAGGAUCUGUUCCAGGAUAUGAAGACCAGGUUCGAUCGUGCAGUAAGACUGUUCGGCGAGGACUCCGCAGGAGUGCAGCCCGACGAGUUCUUCGGGAUCUUCGAGAACUUCCUGCAGGCGUUAGCCGAGGCGAGACAGGACGUGGAGAACAUGAGGAAGAAGAUAGAGGAAGAAGAGCGUCGAGCAAAGCAGGAGCAAGAACUUCGAAAGAGGACAAUGGAGAGAAAGAACUCUCGCGAGGGAAUAUUGAACAGCAUCUCGCUGAGCAAGAAGAACGAGGUGAACAGUAACGGGCAAACGGACAAUAAGGGUGAAUUCGACGACCUGAUAUCAGCCCUUCGCACGGGGGAUGUUUUCGGGGAGGAUAUAGCAAAGUUCAAGAGAUCGAAGCGCAGACCUGUGACUCCCAGCGGACAAGAAUCGCGAAGACACAGCGCACACAGGGAAGAUUCGAGAGAACGACACUGAAUCUCUUUCAAAUUAUCUCGAAAUGUUUCCUUGGCUUCGGUGGAACUGCGGUUUAAUAUGUGAUAGGAAGAAAAAUGUUCGUGUAGAGAGACAAGUAGGGAAUGUACAUAGACAAGGAAAUUUAAGUUUCUCGCGAAUUUCUUCGUUGAUUUUGAGACGUCUUCCUUUGAUUCGUUUGUUAAAGACUUUAUUCCUUUGAUAGUUUUCAAUGUUUCAUUUUUCUAAGCACAAAGACUAUCUUUAAAAUUUAGAAAACGUAUAAUAGUAUUUCCAUCGAUCACAACGUUGAAAAAGGCGGAACAUAUAUCCUUAAAUAACCACAAGAUUUUCUUUGUAUAUAGUCACGGAUUUGUCACUCAAGAAAAUAACGCGAUUCUAAGACAUUUUUUGAAAUUUUUUUACAACUUUUUGAACGUGUCCUUAUGAAACAUACAAACAGGGCCUAGAAGGGUGCAGACCUUCUGCCCCCACGAAACAUACAAGUCUGAUUUUGUAUUUUAGAAAUCGACGAACGCAUCGAUUAGAUCGCUUAGCGCAGUGCUGUCCACGAGAUCCUUCACUACACACGAGCUUCAUAACACAUGUGUACACAUGUUAGAAUAUUGCUAGCAUUGGACAAUAUUCAAGGGCAAAAUUUCUAGGGUAGCUAGUGUUGUAGGUGGGUUAUUUCCAUAAUAUGCCCUUACAACUAUUAUUGCUUGACCCUUGUGUAGUCCUCUUCCCAACACUUUGUCUCUAUAUGUACCAGAACCACAAAUCCUGUCUGUGUCAGGGAACCUGGGAGUUAUGGACAGCACUGUAUUUAGGGACUAGUUGGCAAUCGUCUAGUCGACAGAAAUCGUGUUAGUUUUCGAUGUGUAGGGAAGGAGCGAUUAGACGAGAGUUUGUUGUAUAGUAGUCGAUGUUUUAUAAGCUUUUGUAUUUUUGUAAAUAUUCAGUAUCGACGUCUCGUUCUUGUGGAGGACGCUCGACAAGACUCAAUGUCCAGUUAAUAUAUUACCGAGUCCUUAAUGUCACAUGUAUUAAUAUAUACAGAAAUAUACCGAAAUAUAUG